AUGUUCGGUCGUCCGAUCCGUACCAGUUUGGAUCUACUCCGUCCUCCACCAGAUUCUGUGCAGUUUGAACAGCCUAGCGAGAGCCGACCCUUGAAGCGUGAGUUCAAAGCUAAAGAUCCGGUAUACGCAAAAGUCUUCGUUAAAAAUCAAUGGCACUGGGCUCCAGGAACAGUACUGGAACGUAUAGGUCGUGUAAUGUACAACGUUCAGCUCGACAAUAGAAGGCUUGUUCGGUCCCAUGUUAACCAGCUUCGAGAUCGCGCUGUAUCGGAGGAUCUCAACGUAUCGACAUCGACAGAUAGUACGAAACUUCCACUCAACAUUCUACUUGAUGCUUGGAAUCUCCCAGUUCGUCGCACAACGGAUCCAUUAGCACACUCAACGCCAGUAGCACCUCUUACAGGCUGCUCUAAUUUGAGACCAUCGUCAACACCAAAUACUUUGGUGAGAAGGCCUACCUUAUCAUCGGAGUCAUCGUCACAGUUAUCAGUAUCGUCUUCUUCAUCUUCAACAUCGCCAAGUUCGACAUCAGAAUUUCAAUCUGCAAAUGAAGCCGAUUCAGCUGUUCAGGCACCUCGCCGCUCUUCGCGUGUCCGAAGAGCUCCGCAAUGGUUCGACCCCUAUCAGCUGUAUUAG